ACGUCACGAUGACGUCAACAUAAUUGUGACGUACACUUAGCAACAGUCCCUUUCUGGCACAGUCAGUGAGUGUCGUGGCCAUUUAUAUCGUGUUUCCAUUGAACAAUUGUCAAUAUUAUAUAGCAUGAGAACAUCAAACCAAACUACAAGCUGGGUCAACUUACCCGACGUUGUUUUAAUUGAAAUUUUCAAAUAUUUGCCCGAUGCCGACAGAAUGCGGGCGUCGCUAGUAUGUCAAAAUUGGUCACAAAUCUUUGAUUCACCUUGCUUGUGGAGAUCGCGCAGUUUUGAACUGGGAGGAUAUCGAGCACAGACGAACGGACAAAAGGCUUUCCAAUUUGCAGAAUGUUUCGGCCAAUAUUUGAAGUACCUGUCGAUUUCAUGCAGUCACCCAUCCUAUUACACGUGCAAGUUGUUCCAGAAAUCCAUAGAUGAACUGUUCUUAGCAUUAAAAGAAGCCGAGACGCAGUUGGUUGAUUUCGAAAUGUGUCGCUUGGAACUGGAACGCUACUGGAAAUACGAUACACCUAAAGAAAAGUUGAUAGGCUUGUUCGCAAAAUUUCUGAAAACGCAACGCCGGUUAGUGUGCUUUGAUAUGUCGUCUGGCCAGUUGCCCGCAUACGGCGGAUGUCGCGUGCUUGAUGCUGUUGCUAAUCAGUCCGGAAGUGUUAUUCAAGAUAUGCUCAUCGAAGAUUUUUUUCAUUCUCGUUUGGCUGUAUAUCAAGUAAAGAAGUUCCAAAAGGUUAUCAGCAAAUUUACAAACCUGAAAUAUCUGGCUUUAAACUACAACUGUUUAUCGGACGAAGUUCUGGAAACAUUUUCCAAAUCCUUGCAAGGCAAACUCACAUUUAUGAACAUCAAAGUGUUUAGAAACGACCCCCACUUGCAUAGGAUUUCCGGAAUCGCGUGGAAGCAAUUGACCCGAGCCUGCCCGCGGUUACGGGUUGCACUCUGGAUAGAAAGCAUCGCUAUGCACGAGGAAAUCGCCCCUAUCUUGGUAAAAGAAGCACCAGUGAAAGACUUGCACAUUUGGAGCGGGUAUGACGACGAUCAGAACUGGCGUCUGGCGGACACUGUGGAUCUCGUUACAGAGUCAUACGCGCCUAUACUUGAAUGUGCGUCCUUCGAGCUAGACAACAUUAUGGAGAUUGUGGAUCAUCAGUUGAUCACCUUGGUAACCAAGUGCCGGAAGCUGAAGGAGCUCAGCAUCAACGCCAUGGUCUCCAUAGCAACCGUGGAGGAAAUCUGCGAGCUGCGGCUGGCGCGCAAAAUAGAUUUAACAAUGCUGCAUGUGACCUUUUGUGGAGUUGCCCUGCAACUGGUAUCAGAGGAACAGCUUAAGCACAUGCGUGACCACUACAGCGACAUCUUCAGGGAACUGGGAGUCGACUUCCGGCUUUAUAGAUUUGACUUUUAAAAUUGUUUUUCAAAUGUUUAUAAUUUUCUAAUUUUGAACCACAAAAGGUCACAUGCAGUUUUGAUCAUGUCAAUAAUUUAAAUCACAAGGUUUUUAAAGGUUGAUUAAAUUUGUAUAUUACAAAAUAUAAUACAAAAUACAAAAAGUUGUAACAUUUUUACAUAAAAUUAUAGCUUAUAUAUAUAUAUGUAUAUACUAGUGUAUACUAUUACUAGUCCCCACAAAAUCAGUUAAAAAUAUAAAUGCUGAAAAUUAAAUUACUAUUGAUUCAUUAUUUUCUGCCCAUUUUAGACCUGAAACGACUCAGUGUGACCUGUUGUGGCAUCAAUGAACAUGAAUGGAAUAUCUUGGCAGCUGUCAGAGACAAAUAUUUACCUUUAUUCAGAAAAAUGAAAACUACAUUGGAAAUAUCUUGUGAUUUGUAUGAAAUCAACCCUAGAUAGCAAAAAUAAACAAGCUACCUUU